GCACAAAGGAAAGUGUAUUCUUUUGUUACUCGUCGCUGAAAACGGUGGUACAGAGUGAUUCCUCCGCGGCGAGUCGCGUUUUUCUUUGCUUUAAAAAAAAAGUGGAAGUGAAUUUUGGAUUUCAAGGUCAUGAGUGGCACGUGGGAGAUCUCUGACGUAACGCCGUCUGACGAAUCGUUUUUGGAGGUUAGGUACGUCGAGGCGCAAGAGGUGACACAGGGGUCCGGAAAAUCCCGAGAGGCAGAAUGGCUGUCUGGCACGUGGCCGUUGACGCCGUUCGAUGGUACGCUGAUGCCAAACAACCGGAAGUCAGAGUGGAUCCGGUUCCGAGAUCAGUUUAACCGCAUUGUUUCCUGCAAGGCACCGGUGGGACCGUCCACAAAACUGACUGGUUUGAAGAUCUUCGCGGGCGAUUUCCUGCUCAACAUUAUAGAAAUGCAGGAGAAACUGGUUGAUUCGGAGUCAAUUGAUGUUUAUUCGGACACGGUAGAGGCGCUCAACAGGUACUUCAACCAAAUCUGUGAUUCGGCAAAGGAGAGGCUAAAGUUUCGUGAGAUGAAAAUGAGCGAGGGCGAACCGUUCGACGACUGGGUCCUGCGCCUAGAGGCGCAGGCGAAGUAUUGUGAUUUCGAGCUGAAACAGAGGGAAGAGGAGUUUUUGCAGGCUCUGACGAGACGCUCCAUCCCGGACAUCGCUGGCAAGCUGUACGAGGCAUCGGACAUGCUGGGGCGCGAUCUGCAAAAGAUCAUUAAUCACGGCAAGCAUCUGGAUGACAUCAGGCGGGAAGCGGCAGAUGCCGCUAAGCAGCUGGACGAGAGAGCUGGCGCAAGCGGAGGCCAACGCCACGAAGAAGAGGGGUUCAAAGCAGUGAACGUGGUGCGUCAAUUCAAGCCGAAGGCGGAACGCGGUCGUUAUUUUUCGGGCGGAUCAACCAAGGGCUUCGCGGUGCCACAGAAAAGGUAUCGCGACUGGCCUCUGAAGCGGGAUGCGUGGGAGAAGAUGUCCGUGGCUAACUGCACAAAGUGCGGUCGGGUGCAUGGGCCAGGACAGUGCGCAGCUUUCCGCGUGAAGUGCUGGAACUGUGGCGUCUGGGGUCACUUUGCCGAGUGUUGCAAGAAUCCCAAAGCCAUGGAGGGGGGUUCGCGCGACCGACGUUACCGACCGGAAUCCGUCAAAGAAGAAGCUGGAAGGAUUAAUCAGUUGCUCGCUCGGAAUCAAGAGUACGAUACCCCGCACGCGGCGAUUGAUCCGCGGUUGGUGAACUGUAUAAUCGGUACGGAGUGUGUGCAGUUCCUAGUCGAUUCUGGUGCAACGGUGAAUACGGUCACGGUUGGCGUCUGGGAAUCCCUCAAAGCAUGCUGCAAAUCAGUCAUGCACGAUGUUGAGUUGGUUCCUCAAGAAGUAUUGAAAUCUUACGCCAAACAGAGUCCACUCGAAGUUGAAUGUUCGUUCAGAGCUUAUGUUGGCGUUAGGGGGAACAGUCGACCACUGCAAUUGGCUAAAUUCUUCGUAGUCAGAGGCACCGAGUUGUCCCUGCUGGGUUUUGAGACGUCGCAAAAACUAGGGCUGAUCCGAUUGGGACCAACAAGCAACGCAGUUCUGGAUCCGUUGGGUGGUGAUGCUGUAUGUAGCGUACAGGCUGAAAGCUCGGAAUUCCCAAAAGUUAAGUUGGCCCCGGUGAAAUUUAAGGUGGACGACACCGUUACACCGCGACAGAUUAUUCGGUAUAACAUCCCAAAAGCAUUCGAGAACGCCACCAAUGAGAGACUACGAACGAUGGAGAACAGCGGUAUAAUUGAACGAGCGGAUAAAGAGAACGAUAUUAUCACGCAUGUGUCUCCGCUGGUCUUGGUGCCAAAGGGUACGAACGAUUUCCGGAUAGUUGUGGACUACAGAGCUGUGAACAAAGCGAUCGUGAGGGAGCCCUACCCUAUGCCAUCACUGGAUAAGAUCUGGGCGGAGAUUCCUAACGGAACACUGUUCUUCACCAAACUGGAUCUUAGAGAUGCCUAUUUCCACAUCGAGCUGGACGAGAGUGUACGUCAUUUCACGACAUUCAUGACCGCGAACGGCCUUAUGCGCUUUACGAGAUUACCUUUCGGGCUAGCGAAUGCCCCGGAGCUUUUUCAGCGGUCGAUGGAGAAACUGAUGGUCAAGUGCAAGAAUAUCGUCGUUUACCUUGACGACAUUUUAGUAUAUGGGAGGACGCUCGAAGAGUUGCGGGAGUACGUUGAUAUGGUCAGGAAAACGUUGCAGGAAAACAAUCUAACCAUAAACGAGGAAAAGUCUGUUUACGAUCAGAGAUCGGUUGAUUUCUUGGGCUUCACCAUUGACGGAAGCGGAAUUAUGCCCGCCUGUAAGAAGAUUUCCGAUAUCAAGCAGUUCCACCAGCCGCAGAACUCCGCAGAGGUGCGAAGUUUUUUGGGAAUGAUGACUUUUAUUAGUCCGUUUAUCCCAAAUUUUGCACACAAGACGAAGCCACUCCGGGAGCUGCUGGCCGCAGAAACGAAAUUUGAGUGGAGCGAGGAGCGCCAAGCCGCGUUUGAGUCCUUGAAGGUUGCGGCGGAAGACGAUCUGGUGAAGAGGGGGUUCUUCGACGAGGACGACAACACUAUAUUGUACACGGAUGCAUCACCGUGGGGAAUCGCUGGAGUUCUGGCUCAAGAAGCGAAGGAUGUGGGGAAACGGAUUUUGUCAAGAGCCGAAGGUUGGUUGCUGCGUAUGGAUCAUUAUCGUUAUGAAUUCGAGCACGUGUCUGGCUUGGACAAUAUUGCGGACGCUGCAUCCCGGAUCAGCACCAAACGUGACGAUCCGCAGUUUGGUGUUGGCAAGGAACCACAGGAGCUAUGCUCGGUUACGGCAGAUCCGGCGGUGAUCAAUGAGCAUCUACUUGCGAUGACGACUUCGGAGGUUAAGGAAAGAUUCAUUGAGGACAGCGAGCUUCAGACGGUGAUCGAGUGGUUGGAGAAGGAAGAAAGGUGGCCAGAUACGAUCGUGAAAUAUCAGGCCUUUCAGCGUGAGUUGUACAUGCAAGAUGGAUUAUUGAUGAAGCAGGAGAAGAUCGUGCUACCAGCUGUUUUGAGGUGCCGUGCAAUACGUGUGGCUCACCUGGGCCAUCCUGGAAUGUCAACAAUGAAGAACUUUUAA